AUGACGAACCCCAAGCCCUCAUUUGUUCCUAUAUUGGAAUCGCCAUCCUUGGAUAUGACCACGAUGUCGAUGCCAAUCAUUACUACAAUAUCACUUGCUGUUGUAGCUCUGAUUUCGCUCGCCAUCAUCACCUCUAACAAAUCCAAGAUUCCUCUUGCAAAUCCCCCAGACCGCUUCCACACAGCGUUUUCUCGUCAAGUUGAAUUCAUAACACACGGGCUUGAGGUCGUAGAAAAUGCCAGGAAGCGAUACGGCAAGCAGCCUUACAGACUAAUCACCAAUGUUGGAGAAAUGCUUGUGCUCCCGCCUUCGUACGCUCAAACGAUUCGUAAUGAAAAGUCUUUACACUUUAGCACAACUUUUGCACAAGGGUGGGAUUUUCACGGCUAUCUAACUGGCUUCGAGCCUUUUGCUACUCUUGGCGAUAAGAGAGAUCUUGUACAGAAAGUAAUCGAGAAGCAACUCACUAAACAAUUGAAUUUUACAUCGAAGCCACUUUCUGAUGAAACCUCUUUCGCCCUCGAUGUUGUCUUUGGCGAUUCUUCAGAUGCCAAACUAGUCAUUCGCCAGCUCGAUGGCAUCCGCGCUAUCCUUAGACCGAUUCUGGAGGAGAGGGAGCUGAUGAAGGCUGAAGCCAGAAAAAUGGGUACGCCAGUUCCGGUCUUCGAAGACACGUUGGAGUGGCUUCAGGAAGAGAGCCAAGGAGCUGCGUAUGACCCUGCUGCAUACCAAAUGCUCCUUACAGUCGCCGCCAUCCACACGACCUCUGACUUGCUUAGUCAGGUUAUUAUGCGUCUUGGAAACGAGCCGCAUCUUAUCGACGAUUUGAGGGCGGAGAUUGUAUCAGUUCUCGGCGCUGAGGGGUUUUCCAAAGCCUCAAUCGCUAAUCUGAGGCUCAUGGAUAGUGCGCUCCAGGAAACACAGCGAAUGAAGCCGUUACAAAUGCUCGCCAUGAGAAGGAUUGCAGAGAAGAAGAUUGUUCUCUCGGACGGUCUUACUAUCAACAAGGGCGAUCGUCUUGCGGUGGAUGCACACGCAAUGCUUGAUCCAGAGGUUUACCCAAAUCCAGACAAGUUCGACAUUUAUCGAUACCUUCGCAUGCGCGAAGAUGGUAGUAACUCUACAAAAGCGCUCUUUGUCACUACUAGCCCCGAAAACCUCACCUUUGGCCACGGAAUUCACGCAUGCCCUGGACGUUUCUUUGCUGCUCUUGAGGUAAAGAUUGCGCUUUGCCACAUUCUAACAAAGUACGACUGGGAGCUUCUACCGGGAUCAAACUUGGAGCCGUUUGUUUAG